AUGUCUUGCUACAACGAGCCUCUCAGACCCUCCGGGGUGAGCUGCCCUCAGCCAAUUGCCGAGAGCCACAACGAGCCCUGUGUGCAGCAAUGCCCCGACUCCACAGCUCUCAUCUUCCCCCCACCAGCUGUGGUGACAUUCCCUGGCACCAUCCUCAGCUCUUUUCCUCAGGAGAGCAUUGUGGGAUCAUCAGGCCCAGCCUCGCUGGGGAAUUCCUUCAGUUCCCGAAGCUCCCAGGGCUAUGGGGGCUCCCUGGGCUUGGGGGGCUCUGGGGGCUACUCUGGCUAUGGGAGCUCCUUGGGCUUGGGGUCCUCCUCUGGCUAUGGGGGCUCCCGGGGCUAUGGGAACUCCUUUGGUUUGGGAGGCUAUGGAAGCUCCCUGGGUCUGGGGGGCUCCUGUGGCUAUGGAAGCUCCUUUGGUCUGGGGGGCUAUGGGGGCUCCUCUGGCUAUAGGGGCUUCAGGGGCUAUGGGAACUCCUCAGGUUUGGGAGGCUAUGGGGGCUCCCUGGGGCUGGGGGGCUCCUCUGGCUAUGGAAGCUCCUUUGGUUAUGGAGAUGGCUAUGAGGGCUCCCUGGGUUAUGGUGGCCAACAGGGGCUUGGUGGCUUUGGCAGUUGUGGGAGGUCUUACAACUCUGGCUUCUCCUCCUAUGGCACGGGGUAUUUCCUCCCUGGUGUCCAGAGGUGGAGCAGGUCCCGCCGUGGGAGCUGUGGGGCUUUCUAA